CGCAUGCGCGGAGCGGGUACAUGCAGACGUGUCGCUCAGUGACCCGCGCGCCCCGCCCGAGCUUCUGGAUUGUUCUGAGCGCGAGAGGCCGGCGCCAUGUUGGAUUUCUUCUCGAUCUUCAGUAAAGGCGGCAUCGUGCUCUGGUGCUUCCAGGGAGUCAGUGGCUCCGUCAGCGGCACCGUCAAUGCGCUCAUCCGGAGCGUCAUCCUCCAGGGAUUAUUAGUGAGGAUGUGGAUUACGAGGUGGAAUGGCCUGCCAGGUGCUGUGGUUGAGGCAAGAUCCAUAUUCGGUUUCGAAAGAACUUGGGAGCGAGGGGGAACCAGUUCCUUCACUCAUGAGGCCCUUACACUUAAAUACAAGCUGGACAAUGAAUUUGAGCUGCUAUUUGUGGUGGGUUACCAAAAAAUCCUAACUUUAACUUAUGUGGACAAAUUUAUUGAUGAUAUCCAUAUGCAGUUUCGUGACAAAUAUAGAAAUCAAUUGCAACAGCAUGGAGUGCUUGGCCACAUCAGCGGCUCUUUUGACUUUUCAGAUGACUUUAGAAUGCUCCUAAGGGCAGCUGAGGAACGCACCAAAGCAAAAGCACCGUCUGCCAUGAAAACAUUUGAACAAUCUGAUAAAUCAAGGAAAACUGUAAAAUCGCUGAUAGAAGUCCGUGGGGGAGAGAAGAAGGAGAACAAGAAAAACAAGAAGGAAGCCCUUGUGCCAGAGCCAGCUCCAGUACCAAAGGCAGUGGAGAUCCCAUUAAAGGCCAUCGCAGCAGGGGAUGCCAACCAGAAUGGAUUGACUCAGGAUGAAAUCAUUUUGAGAAACCGGGAGGAAUUGUCCAAAAAAUUGAAAAGAAAGGAGAAAAAAGAAACUAGCAGCAAAUCCCCAAAACCAAGGAAACCAAAACAGGACCGUAAAUGGUCUCUGGAUCAAAAAGCCAGUGCCAAAGGACUGGACUACAGCCCCUCAUUGGUCAAUGGUCAAUCUACUGUCAGUAAUAGUGGGGACAACAGCAGCAGUAACAUGAGCAAGCAUCUUGAGUCAAUGAAAGGAAAUCUGAAAGAUGUGGAUCAUGAUAGCAGUGAUUCUGAGGAGCAGGAGGAGGAAGAGCACAGUGUUAUCCAAGAAGUUUCAAAGACCAGUGAGAAGAGAGCUGGCUUUGGAGGGAUGCUAGGAAUGCUGAAGGGCUUGGUUGGAUCUAAAAGCCUUACUCCUCAGGACAUGGAACCUGUGCUUGAAAAGAUGAAAGAUCACCUAAUUGCUAAAAAUGUUGCAGCUGACAUCGCAGUCCAACUUUGUGAAUCGGUGGCCAAAAAGCUGGAGGGAAAAGUCAUGGGAACUUUCAGCACGGUAACCUCCACAGUGAAGCAAGCCUUGCAGGAUUCCCUCGUACAGAUCCUUCAGCCAAAGAGGCGUGUGGAUAUUCUGCGUGAUGUCAUUGAAGCCCAAAAACAGAGACGGCCCUUUAUCAUUACCUUCUGCGGCGUAAAUGGAGUUGGGAAAUCUACUAACCUUGCCAAGAUCUCUUUUUGGCUGAUGGAGAAUGGAUUUCGGGUGCUAAUUGCUGCAUGCGACACUUUCCGAGCUGGAGCUGUAGAACAGCUCCGCACUCAUGCUCAUCGCCUGAACUCGUUGCAUCCACCAGAGAAGAACAAUGGACAGCCCAUGGUGCAGCUUUUUGAAAGAGGCUAUGGGAAGGACGCUGCUGGAAUUGCUAUGGAGGCCAUUGCAUUUGCUCGAAACCAUGAAUUUGAUGUGGUGUUGGUGGACACCGCAGGCCGAAUGCAGGACAACACCCCUUUGAUGACUGCGCUUGCCAAGCUCAUUGCCAUCAACAUGCCAGAUCUGGUUCUGUUUGUUGGUGAGGCCCUGGUGGGAAAUGAGGCCGUGGAUCAGUUGGUGAAGUUUAACCAGGCUUUGGCUGAUCACUCUAUGAUUGAGAAACCACAGCUGAUUGAUGGCAUUGUACUGACUAAAUUUGAUACAAUUGAUGAUAAGGUUGGUGCUGCUAUCUCUAUGACCUACAUUACUGGCCAGCCAAUAGUCUUUGUUGGAACUGGACAGACAUACAACGACUUGCGAAGCCUCAAUGCCAAGGCCAUCGUGAGCGCUCUGAUCAAGGCUUAAACACCUGCUUCUCACUAUUGUCUUAAUACAACCAACAGUCAGCAACCUUCUGCUCCCCACAACAGCCCUUGCUGAAUUUCCCUACAUAUUGAAGGAUCAAUGUUGAAUGUGCUUUGUGGCAUUUGUCUAUCACUAACAUUUUCAGCAUAUUACCUCCUUCAGUUCUCUGCAGAUACUCUGAUUAUGCUUUUUAAAUAAAAACACAGGGAAGUGUACUGCAUAACUGAUGGACAAAAAUAAAUUCAGUGCUUUUUUUUACCAACAUUGUUAAUUCUAAGUAGUGCAAUAAAUAUCAGUACUGGCUGCCUAGGAAUUACAGAGAAAUUGUAAAGAGAAUUUAUUAAAUAAAGCUGCUAUAAUUGUCA